AUGCGAUAUUCAAACCCUCUCAACUGUAUCGUACCACAGCAGGCCAUGAAGGUGUUGUUCCAGGAAACGGAGGAUUUAGACCGAUAUCUCAGCCCCGAGCUGGGGAAGGUGACGCCUCUUUCACUCGAGGAGCUGGAACUGCCUUCCAAGGUCUUCACGGAUCUGCGAGAUGUUCUGAAAGAAAUGAACGAAAUGCUACCGUCCUCGACUCGGAAAUUCAACGAAUGGCAAGUGGGGCUAUUACAUCGUUUCAAGCGUGACAGUGCUGUAUGA